GCCGCCGGGUGAACGCGGAGUGCCGUUUGGGCACGCGCUGGAGCUGGAAACGGCCGUGCAGCGGGGCGAGGAUCCCUGAGGGCGUGGGUGGGCGCAGCAGGUCUCAAAGGAAGGCCGUCGGCCCAGCGGGCGCCUCUGCGUAUUUGGUAAAUGGGUGGUGAUGUACAUGACCGAGAGCUGGGGCCCGUUGCUGGGGGCCUGGACAAGGCCCAGGCUGGCUUUGCUACAGCUGACCACUCCAGUCAUGAAAGAGAGAAUGAGAAAGCCACAGAUAGACUAGCCAGCGGAGCACAGAGCAUUCCUAAUGACAGUCCUCCCCGUGGUGAGGGCACCCAGUCUGAAGAGGAAGGCUUUGCUGUGGAUGAUGAGGGUUCUGAUGGGGAGCCGAAUACCUGGGAGCUGUCAGAAGGGACACAGUGUCCACCCAAGGAACAGACUGGUGAUCUUUUUAAUGAGGACUGGGACUUGGAGUUGAAAGCAGAUCAAGGGAAUCCAUAUGAUGCUGACGACAUCCAGGGGAGCAUUUCUCAAGAGGUCAAACCGUGGGUGUGCUGUGCCCCACAAGGAGACAUGAUCUAUGACCCCAGUUGGCACCAUCCACCUCCACUGAUACCGCAUUAUUCCAAGAUGGUCUUUGAAACGGGUCAGUUCGAUGAUGCCGAAGACUGAGUGUGGAGCUUUCUGCCUUGUAGGUGGGUGGGCCCUCCAGGCCAGGGUCCCUCUUCCUGUCUUUGAGGGGAGACGUCCUAUCUGAGAAAAUGUUCCCAGUGACCCCUGAGUCUGGGGUACACAGACUGGUGUCACGUAAGGUCCCCCUGUUCUCCUCAGUUCUGUUGUUGUUUUUAAAGGGUUCCUCCUUGGAAUGUGUGAAUGUUUGUGUCUGUGUCAAGAGGAAUUGUGUUCUUUAUAAAUAAAGGUAGAAAAAAAC